AUGGACAACAUCCGCGAGGGCUUGGCGCGAACGGGCCAUCCUCUGGUUCCUAUGGUCUGGGAACUCGACCGCAUCUGCGAAGGAGACGCGGGCGGCUACAUCCACUGGGGUGCUACCACACAGAACAUCACGCAGACGGGCAAGCUGCUCAACUUGCGCCGCGCGCACAGCGUCUUUCUGCGUCAACUCGCAGAAUUGCUCAUCGAGCUUGCCGACCUAGCCGAAUCCACCAAGGAUGCCGCUCUCCCCGGGCGCACGCAUGGGCAGCAUGCCGUUCCCGCCACUUACGGUUACAAGGUCUCCGUGUGGAUAGACGAACUCUGCCGUCAUAUCGAGCGACUGCGCGGGUGCGAGAGCCGCGUAUUUGUCGCUAUGCUCGGCGGCGGCGCGGGCACUCUCGGAUCGCUCGGCGAGAUUGGCUUGACGAUCCAGGACGGCAUCGCGGAGCGGCUCGGCAUGGGUUCGAUGUCCAAUCCCAGCCGCACCAUCAGCGACCAUCUCGCCGAAUACAUAACGAUCCUCGCCCUCCUCGCAGCCACUUGCAGCAAAAUCGGCAGGGAAGUCUAUACGCAAAUGAAGCAGGAGUUCGGCGAAGUCGAAGAACCUGUCCCCGAAGGCACCGUCGGCAGCAGCACCAUGCCGCAGAAGCGCAACCCAAAACUUGCCCAGGACAUCGUUGCCGGAGCCGCCCAGGUGCGGGCGCUCGUCCCUCUUGCGCUAGAAGCGAUGCAGACCGAGCACGAAGCCGACCGCACAACUAGCGUCAUGAUGGACAAGGCUCUCAACGAAGCCUGUAUUCUCACGGGCGACAUUCUCCAGCGCAUGGUCAACCUAUUCGCGGGCAUCCGCGUCUUUCCGGAGAGGAUGCGUCAGAAUCUGGACCUCAGCGGCGGCCUCAUAAUGUCCGAAGCGAUAAUGCUCGAACUCGGCAGGCAGAUAGGGCGACAGCAGGCGCACGACGCCGUGUACGAAGCGGCGCAGGCGUCUUUCAUUGAAGGCAGGCCCUUCGCCGAAACGCUCGCUGAAGAGACCGAAGUCAGCGACCGUCUAACCGCCGAGCAGAUUCAGGCAUUGCUCGAUCCCACCGCAUAUACUGGCGCGUGCAGUCUGUUCGCACAGCGCGGUGCGGCGCAAGCGCGUGAGGUCGCGAAUUCUCUAAGCGAGUGA